UCCCUUUUCCCCAAAACAACACUUCCACUACUCAUACCCAGCCAUGACCAGCACCCAAACCACACCCAAAUGCAAGAAACCCACUUCCUCACCACCACCAAGCAACCCUUUUUCCCCUCCUACCCCCACCCCAACCCCAAACCCCAAUCCCUCUCCUCCUCUCACCAUGACUCUUUCCACUCUUUACACCCCCCAAACCCAAAAUCCCCCCGCUCCACCGCUCUCAUCUCCUCAACCCCGUCCAGGGCUUUCUCCUCCAAAUCCACGCCUCUCGUCGCUUCUUCCUCCAUUUCCAAGCCCAUCUCUCAAACCCUAACCUUCCCCAAAUCCCUCAACGGCCUCCGCCUGCCACGCGUCGCCCACUCGGUUUCUCUAUCCCGUGGUGCUCAUUCCAGAAGGUCCUUCCUCGUCAAAGCUUCUGCGGAUGAGCUUCCUCUGGUUGGAAACGUAGCUCCUGAUUUUGAGGCUGAGGCUGUUUUUGACCAGGAAUUCAUCAAGGUCAAGCUCUCUGAAUACAUUGGGAAGAAAUAUGUGAUUCUGUUUUUCUACCCAUUGGACUUCACAUUUGUUUGCCCCACAGAAAUCACUGCUUUUAGUGACCGUCACGCUGAGUUUGAGCAACUCAACACAGAAAUCUUGGGUGUUUCAGUUGACAGUGUGUUUUCGCACCUUGCAUGGGUCCAAACAGAUAGGAAGUCAGGAGGACUUGGUGAUUUGAACUAUCCAUUGAUCUCUGAUGUCACCAAAUCAAUUUCAAAAUCCUACGGUGUGCUGAUCCCAGAUCAGGGAAUUGCAUUGAGAGGACUUUUCAUUAUUGACAAGGAAGGUGUCAUUCAACACUCCACCAUUAACAAUCUUGCCAUUGGCCGUAGUGUGGAUGAGACUAAGAGAACGCUCCAGGCCUUGCAGUACGUUCAGGACAAUCCUGAUGAAGUUUGCCCUGCUGGGUGGAAGCCUGGGGAGAAAUCCAUGAAGCCAGACCCCAAGCUCAGCAAAGAGUACUUCUCCGCGAUAUAGUGGUAGUACACUGCAUAUCUAUGUCGGAUUCAGAUAGGGAGUUGUA